AUGCCAGUGCCGUAUUUAUCUGAAAUUCCUCUUCGCUACGGCCUCCCAGCUGUCGCGGCUGCUGCGGCUUACCUGAAUGCGAGAUGGUCCCUCUUUUAUGAUAUGGGCCUCAUCAAAUCCCUGCUCAAGAUGUCGCUCAAAUUUCGGUUUGCGGAACGUGACGAUAAACUGAAUCUGUUCUACGUCCUCGAAAAACAUGCGCUUUCUCCGGCGACUGCCGAUCAUGAGUUUAUCGUAUACAAUGGCCGGACAUGGACGUUCCAUGACACUUAUCUGAUGGCUUUACGCUAUGGGGCUUGGUUCAAGAGCGUGCAAGGAGUCCGACGCAAGGAGAUUGUUGCAAUUGACUUCAUGAACUCGUCGACUUUCCUAUUCAUGGUCCUCGGCCUUUGGAGCAUCGGAGCCGUCCCUGCCUUUAUCAAUUAUAACCUUUCUGGGAAGCCCCUCGCCCACUCCGUUCGGACCUCGACCACCAAACUUCUUAUCGUCGAUGAAGAGGUCCGCAACUGCUUUCCUCCAGAGUUGUUGAAGACCUUCGCCUCUUCGAGCUUCCGUGAUGGAAAAGGCGCGGUGAAGGUCUUGUUCUUCACGGCCGAUGUCGAGUCUCAGGUACUCGACAUGGAACCUACGAGGGAGGAUGAUCAGGCUCGCGGCAGCCAGCUACCACGCGACAUGGCCAUCUUGAUCUAUACCAGUGGUACGACUGGUCUUCCCAAGCCGGCUAUUGUGAGCUGGAAGAAGUGCUGGGGUGGCAGCUUGUUUGUCGCGGACUGGAUGAAUCUUACCUUGUCCGAUCGCUUCUUCACCUGCAUGCCCCUCUAUCAUUCGUCAGCCUCAGUUCUUGGGUUUGUGACAUGCUUGAUGAGCGGAGCCACUAUGAUCGUCGGGCGCCGGUUUUCUGCUCGCAAUUUCAUCAAGGAAGCUCGAGAAAAUGAUGCGACAAUUAUUCAGUACGUGGGAGAGACCCUACGCUACAUCUUGGGUGUGCCGCCGGAGAUUGACCCUGUCACCGGCGAAGACCUGGAUAAGAAGCACAAUAUCCGGCUUGCAUUUGGCAAUGGCCUUCGUCCAGAUAUCUGGAAUCGCUUCAAGGAGCGCUUCAAUAUUCCUACAAUUGCUGAAUUUUAUGCCGCGACCGAGGGAACCGCAGGUCAGUGGAACAAAUCAACCAAUGAUUUUUCCGCCGGUGCUAUCGGUCGCAACGGCGCUAUCGGCAACGUGGUUUUCGGCCGUGGUACUGCCGUUGUCGAUAUUGACUACGAAACCCAGGAGCCCUGGCGAGAUCCAAAGACUGGCCUCUGCAAGAAAGUGCCUCGCGGGGACCCAGGGGAACUUCUGUUUGCAAUCGACGCCACAGACCCCAGCGCCAAUUUCCAAGGCUAUUUCCAGAACUCAAAGGCGACAGAGAGCAAGAUUAUCCGUGAUGUGUUGAAAAAGGGCGAUGCGUAUUUCCGAACGGGCGAUAUGGUUCGAUGGGACAAGGAUGGACGCUGGUUCUUUUCAGACCGCCUGGGCGACACUUUCCGGUGGAAGAGUGAGAACGUUUCCACUAACGAAGUCGCCGAGGUUCUGGGCUCUCAUCCUGAAGUGUACGAAGCCAAUGUGUAUGGUGUAGCUCUCCCCAAUCACGAUGGCCGUGCUGGGUGUGCGGCGAUUAUCUUCAACCAGCAGCUUGCCAGCGGCAACACUUCAGGCCCUGCCCUAGAACCAUCGCAGACAACUCUCGACAGCCUCGCUGCUUAUACCCUUAAAAACCUCCCGCGCUUUGCUACUCCGCUUUUCAUCCGCGUCAUGCCACAGAUGGCGUCGACCGGGAACAAUAAACAGCAGAAGCAUGUUCUCCGCACCGAAGGGGUCGACGUCUCGCAAGUCUCCCAGAAUGACCGCCUUUACUGGUUGCAGGGCAAUACCUAUGUUCCCUUUGGGCGGAAGGAUUGGGAGCGAUUGAACGGCGGCCAAGUCCGACUUUGA